AUGUUCGACAACCUCCCAUACCUGACCGGGGCUGGCAAGCCGUUGGAUACGGACGAGCUAAAGCGCUACCUUGCAGCCGACGUCGAGCGUGUGGAGCACCCAAUUCAGUGGUGGCAGGACCGGAGGACAAAGUACCCUCGUCUUUCCCGUAUGGCGAUCGAUUAUUUAACCAUCCCGGCGACUUCUGUCGAAGUUGAACGAAUAUUCAGCCGCGGCCGCCUUCUACUGUCCCAUGUCCGCAAUCGGAUGACAGCAGAGAGCACGCGCGCCAGCAUGUGCCUCGGCAUAUGGGCCAAGCACGGCCUGGUGGACAAGGCAGUCAUGGUCGCAACCUCUCAGCUACCGGAAGUCGACGAGCCCGACGAGCAGGAGUAG